UGUUGAAACUGGUGAACACACAAUUCACGCGUACACAGUCACACCCAGCAGCUUCAGGCUUCUCAGAGCGGGGCAGGAAUCCUGCAGAGGAAACAAGCACCAAAGGAAGCAGGAGAGGGACAGUGGGGCCUUAAAUAAAAGGAACGAAAAGGAAAUAGAAUGACCAGCUACUACAUUAUGGGAUUCUUAUUGUGACGGUGGAAGGAAUGGGAUGUAGGGUGAUCACACCGUUUCUGUCCAGCUCCACCCCCUCAGCCAUAACUGGCUUCGUUUGAGGGUCUUUGGCUUGGCAGGUCGCCACGACAACCAUGACCAACAAAGGCCUGGUGCUGGUCGAGUAUAAGUAUGAGUACUUGGGCCGUGACGGCGACCUGGUGUCCAUCAAACCCAAUGAGCGCUACGUCCUCCUAGCCAAGACCAAUGACCACUGGUGGCACGUCCGCAAAGACGAACACGCCAAGCCCUUCUACAUCCCUGCCAAGUACGUCAAGGAGCUGCCGUCACAUCUACCGUCUCCGCUGGACUUCAUAGAGUCUAUGAACCCCGAGCCGACCCAAAACAGGGGCGAGAAAAGGGCCACAGAUUCACCAGAAGAAAAACACCUUGAGGUGGCCAUCAGGCUGCAGUCACCGGCCCAGUCCAAGAAGACGGAGAACCGGAUGUCCACCUUUGGCAUCCCCCUGGACAUGCACAACCAAGAAUUCCGACGGGGUGGCCUUCCGGAUUCCUUUCUUGCCCAACACUCUCAGGAACACGCGACAAAAUCAGCCUCCGGUAAAAACACUUCCCAGAAGAUACAGACUCCUAGUGUUUUUGACUGCCAGCUUCCCACUGAAGAUUCGCCACCUUUUUCCCUUUUACCUCGUGAGCCAAGCUUCCGUCCGGCAGAUCCAUUAAAAAGACAGACAAAGGCAAAGCCAGUAGAGCCGGUCGUCAUUAAGAGUAUCAAGGUCACCCCAGAGGUGCAUGAAUCGGUGAGAACGCCCAGUGCGCCGGAGGACCUGAAAGAGCCCUCCUCUCUUCAUCCCAAGCAACCACUGGAAGCUGAUAAUAUCUAUGAAUCCAUAUUGGAUGUCGGUCUACAGAACAGGGAAACGCCAGUGUUCGGAGUUGCUCCUGUUCCAAGUCCAGGUGCACCAGCUCAAACCCCUCCAACAUCCGCUCACACUCCAUCACAGACAGAGAAUGACAGCACCUCUGUUUAUCCCAGUGUAAAUGAGCCCAAAAAUAAUCUUCCACAAGCAUCGGUGAACUCAUCUAACAACAAUCACGAGACAGCUCAGGUCACCGCGGCCGGUGCUUGCAGUUCUCCCAAAGAGCAGCUACCUGUACAGGAAGCUCCUUCAACCCCUUCUGCAACUACCGGCACGACCGCCGACUCCAAGGUGGAGACAGAUGGGACUGGUGGGCGCCAUUAUUCCUACAACCCGCCGACAGGGAGCACAGUCUGGCCCGCCAAGUCAGCAGAGCCCCAGGGGCUACCGAGAGUCCAGGACGAUGUACCACCUCCCCUCCCAGAAGAGGACUAUCCUGACGACAGCCAGGAUGGCUGGGGGCCGCUGGUCUUCCCCGAGGACUUCCACCCCACCAUCCCUCGGGCCGCUGUGGAUUUUAACACGCUGUCUGGCUGGCGGCACACGUCGGACCCGUAUGGGAAGCCGGCGCUCACUGGCGAGGUGAAGCAGGAGCAGCUGCCUGUACCAUCCGGCCAGCCGAAAAUGGGGUUUACCGUCGAUGGCGGACUCUCUGUCAUGAAGAACUGGAGGCACAGCCUGUCUAACUUCAGUGGAAAUCUGGAUGAUAUAAGUUUUUCAUCAGCCCCCAAGAGAAGAACCUCAGACUGCUCAGGUGAAGAAACACAUCACCAUAGCCAUAUUUUGGAGAAGGCAGGGAUUGUCAACAAGACCAAGAUCUCUGACAAUGGAAAAAGACUGAGAAAAAGCUGGUCCCCAUCUUGGACGGUACUCCACGGUGGCAUUCUAACAUUUCACAAAGACCCCAAGUCUACACCAGCGGGAGCAAUUAAUAAAAGCACUCAGAUCAUCCCUGAGUACACGGUCGAGCUACGGGGAGCUACUAUUAACUGGGCGACCAAAGACAAAUCCAGCAAGAAGAACGUUUUGGAGCUAAAAACAAGGCACGGUUCUGAGUACCUCAUGCAGUACGACACAAUCAGUAUCAUCACUGAUUGGUACUAUACCAUUAAGGAUACCAUUCAUCAGUUGGAUCGGGACGAUCAGAGUGAUGAAGAGGAAGAUGAACAUGAUGAGAAGGUCCCAGGUCACGGAGACAAAGACGACAAGAAGAAGAACUACGGCAGGCACAGCACGCCUGUCUCCAGUACCGAGUCAGAACAGGGCAGGGUGCGGAACAAACUGCGCAGGUUCCUGCAGAGGAGGCCAACGCUGCAGUCUGUCAAAGAGAGAGGCUACAUCCAAGAGAAUGUGUUUGGCUGUCCUCUGGAAAACUUGUGCACCAGGGAGAGAUCCACUGUCCCGUCCUUCGUGGAUAAAUGCAUCAAGUCUGUGGAGAAAAGAGGUCUGGAUAUUGACGGCAUCUAUCGAGUCAGCGGUAACUUGGCUGUUAUUCAGAAAUUACGCUACAAAGUGGAUCACGAGGAGAACCUGGACCUGGAUGACGGACAGUGGGAGGAGAUCCACGUCAUCACCGGCGCCCUGAAACUCUUUUUCCGAGAGCUUCCAGAACCUCUCUUUCCUUUCAGUCACUUCAACAAAUUCAUAGCAGCCAUCAACAAUACUGACUAUUCCCUGAAGAUGAACACCAUUUGUGAGCUGGUGAGGUCCCUGCCGCAGCCGAACUAUGACACCAUGAAAGUCCUCUUCGGGCACUUACACAAAGUGAUCCAGUUUGGAGAGAAGAACCGAAUGUCGGCUCAGAGUGUGGCCAUUGUCUUUGGACCCACGUUGCUCCGACCUGAGGUAGAAUCAGCCAACAUCACCAUGUACAUGAUCUUCCAGACGCAGAUAGUGGAGUUCAUGCUGAAAGAGACUGAUAAGAUCUUCCAGGCAUGACAAGUGGCGCGUCUAAUGAAGGCGUCUCAAGGAGAGCUGCAGACUGAGAGUUGGCGCUUUUCCUGAAGGCCCUAUGUACAUAUAAUGUGUCUAUGUCUAUGCUAUGAAGAAUGGGACAGGUUGUAGACAAUAGCUACCUACAGUACAAAUGCAACAUGUCCUGAUUUUCCUGAGUUCCGCACGUCCCUGGGUCAAUGAGGGAGGGGCUUGCAUUUCACUUCAUUAACCAAUCACAGUCCUCAUUGUAUGACAUCACCGCAUUAAUUAAAACUAGUGUUUUCUGGUAAGCGGCAAGGUGCACAGAUUUGCUUACCUGCAAAGGCUGUACAGAGCAAUGUAAGGGUGCAUCUUUAUUUCAUGAUGAUGAUGACGAUAACAACCAGCAGUUAAGGACCUUUCUCAAAGGCCCACAAACAUGUGGUUGGUCUGCCAGUGCUAGGUUUGGACCAUCCUGAGCCUGCUGAGCCACACAUUGGACCAUCCUGAGCCUGCUGAGCCACACACUGUCCUGGUCUUGCUUACUGGAAGCCUUGAAUUUGAAAAUGAGGGGAAAAAAGCAGACUAACGUGGUGACAUCAUACAAUGAAGACUGUGAUUGGUUAAAGAAGUGAAACACAAGCCCCUCCCCUGUUCACCCAGAGGUGCAAUGAAUCUUGCGAAUUCCUGCGAAUGCAUUCCCUGUGUUCCUGAUAUUGUCUUCCCUCAGAAAUGUAAUAUCUCAUAGAAGAUUAUUAUUAAUGAAAGCUUGCGUGCAAUACUGUUUACUUUUCUCUUCUGUAAGAUCGUAAGGAAUCGCGUACAGAUUAAAUCAUAGGAAACUGGUAUUGUGCCAAGUACAUAUAGCCAAAAUGGAGUUUCAUUUAUGUUAGAUGGCCAUUUGACUUUUACGAAUGGUGCGCUGACAAAAAGGCUUUCAGUGGUCAUUGUAUUACUUGAAGGAAUUGCACAUGUUUUUCAGGUAAACUAUGUGACUAUUACUGCGAUCAUUAUAUUUGUUUGACAUAAAAUUUUUAUUGUAAUUUUCUGGAAAAUCUGAUUAUCUUCAUAUUAUUAAACAGGCAAUAGAAUAUUUUGACUUUUGUACAGCUAUUAAACUGGAUUAUUUUACUUACAUGAUUACUGUUGCUUCCAGUGAAUGGAGACACACAGUUUAAAUAAGCCUUAUUAACCCUACAACUUAAAAUUAAAGCAUGUAUUAAGAGAGUUAGUCAGUGUUGUGUAUGGAAGACUGUAAGAACAAGAAUGGCAUCCAAUGUAAUGUCAGAACUGAGCUUCCAGGAGAAAUUUCAGUACUUACCAUCCAUUUUGGACUAAUUUCCCAUUGAAUCUUAAUCUUAAUAAAACUGGUUAACUUGCUAAACAUAACGUGAGACCUCAGCUCUAGGGGUCCCUGCGGUUUGUGGCCUUUUUGAAACUCAGGAAAAAUUAGUAGCAAAACCAAUGAAACCAUGUAAACGGCUUUAUCCGUUUACACCAAAACUCUACUUCUGCUAAACGUUUUCAUACAGCAAGUUGUGAAAGUUGAUAUAGAGUGAGGGUGGUGAUAGUUCAAAUAUUUGUUGCUAUAUUGUAUUUUGAGUUGAUGAAUAAACCUGAAAUGUACAGUUAUUUUUGCUGCCUAAAUCUAUGGUUAAAUACUAACACAAUAAACUAGCUCUAUCAUCUA